AUGAGCGUUUUCGGCUGCCUCCAGCUACACGGCACGCUACGUUCCCAUCACCCAAUAAUGGUGCGAGCCGGCGCGGCACGGCGCGAGAUCCGCCAGGCCAAGCGGGCGAUCGCGCGCGCCGAGAGCGGCAAGAAGAAGGGCAAGCGCAUCGCCAAGGCCGACGUGCCACGGCGGACCGCCAAGCGCGGCGCGACCGGACUGCGUGCGCCGCCGCUCCCUGAGAAGCAGGCGGCGGCCAAGAAGCGGCCAGAGGCGGAGCCGGAGCCCGUCGACGAGAUGGAGCCGCGCUUCACGGACGCUGAGAAGAAGCUGCGCGCCUUGGAGAAGAAGCUGCGGGCCGUCAAGGCGAUCCGGGCGCUCGUCGCUCGCGGCGUCGAGACUGACGCGCAGCAGCAGUCGAAGCUGCGCUCGGAGAAGGCGCUGCUCGCGCAGCUGGAGUCGAUACGGGCGGAGGCCGCGAGAGGUGCCGCCGCGGCGGCGGCCGCAGAGGAAGAGGAGCCGCCGGAUGCGCCCGGCGCUACGGGGGACGACGAGGACAUGAGUGGUUUGAGCAAGCUCGAGCAGCGGCGGCGGCUAAAGAAGCGAAAGCACCUCGACAAGGUUCGUGCGAGGCAGGAGUCGCUGCUGCAGAGGGAGGCGCGAGACUCGGAGGCUCGAGCAGCGCGUAUCGCGCUCGCCGCCGCGCCGGCCGCCAAGCGCGGUCGGUCUUAA